UACUAUGACAUAUUUGGAUCUCCUCUCGCAAGGUCAGAGACUUUGUCAGCUCAACAAGUUUGAUGAUGCGUUACCCGUUCUGGAGAAGGCUCUUUACAAGGUGGGGAGCGAUAGAGGGAAGCUAAGGAUCGUAUACAGUUACCUUGGUAACAUACAUUACAGUUUGGGUAACUACGGCCGAGCGAUGGAGUACCACCGACAGGACCUGAAGAUAACGCAGAACCUGGGCGACAUGGCGGGACAGGCUGAAGCUCUGAACAAUCUCUCCUGCGCUCUCAGAAUGCUAGGAAAAUACAGUGAAGCGUCUCUAGCAGCUGAGAAGCAGCUGACUCUAGCGGAACUAAGUAAGAACAAGAAAUCAGAAGCAAGUGCCCGGUACAACGCGGGUGUAGUCGCCUACAUGCAGGGGAGACACAUUGCUACUGAGUCUCAGGAUCAGAUUAACGCUUACAACUGUUUUAUCAGGGCUCAGGAUCAUUUGCAGGAUUACCUGUUACUGGGAGAGGAUCUGAAGGACAUCAAGAUGCAAGGACAAGCUUGCGGUUGUCUUGGUAACGUGUAUUACCUGCUUGGUAACUACAGCAAAGCAUUGUUUUAUUACAGAAAGAGAUUGUUGUUAGCCCAGAAGAAUAGUGAUCAAGUGGCUGAACGUCGAGCUUACAGUAACCUAGCGCUGUGCCACGCCCUACUGGGACAGUUUGAGGAAGCUAGUGAGUACUGGAAGAAGUUCCUGACUGUGGCUAUUGAGCAGGGAGACACGGCCGCUCAGGGCCAAGCUUACUACUGCUUAGGUAAUAACAACAGUAUUGUGGGGAACUAUCAGAAAGCUGCCGAAUACUACAAUCGUCAUCUCUGCAUCGCUCAGAAACUUGGUGAUAAAGUUGGGGAAGGAAGAGCAUUUUGGAUGUUAUCCAAUGUUUUCAGCAAUAGUGGUCACCUAAACAAAGCUCUGGAUAAUGCUAGAAAGUUCUACGAUCUAGCGACAGAAAUGGAGGACAAUGUCGCGUCCGCUGCUAAUGCUAACCCUGCUUUAUCUACAGGUAACUUCUUGGGUGUAGAGGUUGGACCUGAUGGUGAGCUGGAAGAUAAACCGACCGUCCCUAAAUCAGAGUUCGCACGAGAACGUCGCAACUCCUGCACAACCACAUCACCUCGACCACCUCGCAUACAAGUUCCCGACAACAACUGGGUCAGCGAACCCCAAGUUCACGAACCCCUCCCCGAGGAGCCUGGCCUGGGAUAUCUCAAACCUAAAUCUAAAAACUUUUCAAACACCAACAUGACCCAAUCAGUGCGAUCUGUCCGCACUGCACACACAGCUCAGACUGGUCAAACUAACUUUUCUCAUUUCUCCGGCAUGUCACUGAAUGAGGACUUCUUCGAGCUCCUCCACAAGCACAUGGCUAACAGAUAUGACGACCAGCGUGCUCCGCUUCCCAUCGUCAAGGAGGAGAUAAAAUCCCCCUCUACCUCGCCCAUAAACAAUACAUCCUACCCUCCCGUAUCUCAGAUACGUGGCUACCACAACACUCCAGUCAGACCUAAACCUAAGAGAUUCAAUAAGAACGAGGGGGCAGAUAAUCACGCUCCUCUCAGAACAUUCUCCAACAAUAUGCCGCCCAUCUCUCAGAACCUGCUGAAGACGAACACUCGUGUAGCACCUAAUUCUGAGAUCUGGACUCAGCUGCGCAGCAACAAGUUACGUGGAGCACCGAGCAACGUGAGCGUUACGGAGAGUGAGGAGAGCUUCUUCAGCUGAUAUCUCGGAUGCAGGGCAAUAGACUUGACGAUCAGAGAUGCUCCAGACCUAUGGGCCUAGGACUUUGAGAUAUUUA